AUGUUUAAAUUUAUAAUCAAUUUUGAUAAUAUUCACUGUGAUAAAUGUGUAACUACAAUUGAAUCAAUUUUGUCAAAUUAUUAUCAAAUAAUUCCAAUUGAUAAUCUAGAUGAUUUAUCAACUGAUAAUUUAACCAAAAAACAGGUUUAUUUUUAUUAUGUUGCUGAUUCAAAUCAAGUUCGUUUAUUUGGUAAUGAUGAUAUUUUUCAAAUAAAUUUGAAGAAAUUACUUAGCAAAUUAAAUAAAGUUGGUUUUCAUAUUUUAUCAUGGGAAAUUUUUGAUAACAACCAGUUGGCAAAUUCUUCAAAUGAGACUAAUCAACAUGAAACGACUGAUACAGAUGGUCUUUUCGAUGUGGUUAAAAUUUAUAAUAAAUUGUUUAAACGAAAUUCCAAGGUGGGAAAAAAUCAUCUUAAAUACUGUAAAGCAUGUCAAAAUAAAGAUAAGUUGAAUGAUUCAGAUACUUCUUCAUCAGAAGAAACAAAAGUCGAAAUUAAACAACAAGAAUACCGUGCGUCAUUCUUAAUUCAAGGUAUGACUUGUUCGUCAUGUGUUCAAUCAAUUGAUGAUGCAUUAAAACCGAUAUUAAAUUUCAAACCUGGAGAAUUCAACUACUCAAUUAAUUUAUUACAACAAUCUUUAGUUGCAAUUAUUCCGAAUAAACAAAUUAUAAAUAAAGUAAUUGAUGAAGUCAAUGAUUUAGGGUUUGAAUGUAAAUUAAUAGAAGUAUUACCAAUUGAAACAUCAAUAACUACAAAAGUGACUGGUUUAAUUGAAGGUAUGACAUGUUCUGCUUGUGCUACAUCAAUCUAUAAUUCAUUACAAGAUUUGCCCUUUAUACUUGAAUCAGGUAUCAAUAUAAUGACUAAAACUGGUACAUUUGUGAUUGAAAAUGAAAGUCAAAUACCAAAAUUACAAGAAGCAAUUGAAGAUUGUGGAUUUGAAUUUAAAUUGGUUUCAAAUGAAAAGAUCAAUUACUUGUCAAGUAAGAAAAAAUCAAGAUCUGUAAUGUUUAAAGUUAAUGGAAUGUUCUGUAGUCAUUGUCCUGAAAUUAUUUUAAAUUAUUUAUCACAAUACGGUGAAUCUGUAAUUAUAGAUGAUUCAUUAACUUUACAAAAUCCAAUUAUUAAAUUUACCUACAUUCCAAGUGAAAAUGUAAAUAUCAGGAAAUUCUUAUUCGAUUUAAAUCAUAUAUCAGAUGAUGUUUCAAGUGGUUAUAAAAUCAAUGAAAAUGAAGGUACUUUUCAAUGUGAAUUAGUAAAACCAGUUUCAAUUGAUGAACAAAUUAAUAAACUAGCUCAUAAGGAAUUAUUGGGAUUAUCCAUUAGAUUAAUAAUAGCUACUAUAUUUGCAAUACCAACUUUUAUAUUUGGAAUUGUUGCAAUGGCAUUAUUAAGGAAAAAUCAUCCAUUUAGAAAAUGGGUAGAGGAACCAAUUUGGGUAGGUAAUGUUUCACGAGAUGUUUGGAUUUUAUUAAUUUUAUCAACACCAGUUUAUUUCUUUGCUGCUGAUACAUUUCAUAGAAAAGCUAUUAAAGAAGUUAAAUCUUUAUGGAUUCAUAAAAAUUCAUUUACUAAAAGAUUAUUUAAAUUUGGUUCAAUGAAUUUAUUGAUGUGUUUGGGUACUUCAGUUGCUUAUUUUGCAAGUAUUGUAUUGUUGGGAAUAUCAGCAAAUCAAGAAAAACAUACAGAAAUGGGUUUUCAUACUACUUAUUUUGAUUCAGUUGUGUUUUUGACAUUCUUUUUAUUAAUUGGAAAAUUAUUACAAGCAUAUUCGAAAUUGAAAACAUCAAAUGCCAUAAAUAAGUUAAGUGAUCUAAAACAAUCAGAAGCUACAUUACUAGAAAACGAUCAAGAAGCCAAAAUCGAUGUUGAAUUAUUGGAAAUUGGAGAUACAAUUAAAAUCUCAACCGGUGAAUCUCCUCCAAUUGAUUGUGUUAUAACUAAAGGUAGAAGUGAAUUUGAUGAAAGUGCUUUGACUGGUGAAUCAACUCCAAUAAAACAUAUUGACGGACAUCAAAUAUUUUCAGGUACUGUAAACAUUGGUAAUUCAUCAAUUAUUGCAAAAGUUACAAGCUUAACUACUGAUUCAUUACUAAAUCAAAUUGUGAGUACUGUAAGAGAUGGACAAUUGAGAAAAGCUCCAAUGGAAAAAGUUGCAGAUUUAAUAACUGGUUAUUUUGUACCUGUAAUUGUAUUUUUGGCUAUUACAACAUGGGUUAUUUGGUUAAGUUUAGGAUUUUCUGGAAAAUUACCACAAAGUUAUUUAGAUAUUGAUGUUGGUGGAUGGACAAUUUGGUCAUUAGAUUUUGCCAUUGCUGUUUUUGUAAUUGCAUGCCCUUGUGGAAUUGGUCUUGCAGCACCAACUGCACUUUUCGUUGGAACUGGUUUAGCUGCUAAAUAUGGUAUAUUAGCAAAAGGUGGUGGUGUCGCAUUUCAAGAUGGUGCAAAUACAAAUGUUGUAUGUUUUGAUAAAACUGGUACUUUAACAAUGGGUAAAUUAACAGUUACAAACUAUGCAUUUAUUACAGAUAUACCAAAAUUUUUAACAUUGCAAGUUUCUAGAGAUUUAGAGUUGAGUUCAAACCAUCCAAUUUCAAAGUGUGUUAAAACAUUUAUUGAUAAAUUAGCUUCAAAAUUGGAUGUUUCAUUAUCAAUAAAUAAAAUUCCAGAAGUUGAAACUGUUCCAGGUAAGGGAUUAAAGGGUAUAGUCACAUAUGAAGAUGAUUCAGAGUGGGAUAAAUAUAAACCAACAGAAGCAAUUUUAGGAAAUGAAAGUUUAUUCGAAGAUUAUGAUAUUGAGAUUUCUAAACCACAACAAUAUUUAUUAAAUCAAUGGAAAUCAGAAUGUAAAUCAGUUAUAUUAGUUGGUAUUAAAUCUCAGGUUUUAUUCCAAGAUUCCAAUUUCCAUUUAAUUUUCAUGAUGACUGCAAGAGAUCAAUUACGUCCAGAUAGUAAAGAAAUAAUUAAAUCCUUGCAUUCUAAGAAGAUAGAUACUUGGAUGAUCACUGGUGAUAAUAAAUUAACAGCAUCUUCAAUUGCAAAAGAAAUUGGUAUUCCUGAAUCAAAUGUAAUUAGUCAAAUAUUACCAAAUGAAAAAGAAUUUCAAAUUAAAAGAAUUCGUCAAAUUAAACCAAAUUCAAUUGUAGCUAUGGUUGGUGAUGGUAUUAAUGACGCACCAGCUUUGGCAAAUUCAGAUGUUGGUAUCGCUUUAAGUUCAGGUUCUGAUUUAGCUAUAACAUCGAGUGAUUUUAUAUUAUUAAAUAAAAUUCAUCCAUUAAUUUCAUUAAUUACAUUAUUUGAUUUAUCAAGAAGUGUAUUUCAUAGAAUAUAUUUUAAUUUCGGUUGGGCUUUAGUUUAUAAUGUUUGUGGUAUUCCCAUUGCUGCUGGUGUAAUUUAUCCUUAUAAAAAUUCAAGAUUAGAUCCAGUGUGGGCUAGUGCUGCAAUGGCAUUAAGUUCAAUUAGUGUCGUUUUAAGUAGUUUGGCCUUGAAAUUUUAUAGACCAAAGAUUAAUCCAAAAGAUUUUAAGAUUGAUGAUUUGGAAGAAAUUGAAGCCGAAGAAUCAAAUAUAUAG